AUGGAAUCAGAUAUAAGUAUUCGGAAAACAUGAUUACAUGAAAGUAACUCUUUAGUAAAUGAAUAUGCGUCGAAAUUUAGGGCUAUAUAUAUAAAUAUGUGUGUGUGUACACGCGCAUCAAGACCAUGUUCGUUUUUCUAUCCAAACGCUGCAUCUAGAUGUUAACAUUCAGAUAUUGUUCGUCUUCACUAUUACAUCAACAUCUAGAUGCAGCAUCCAUAAUAUCUAGAAUAUCCAAAUAUUUAAAAUGUAAAAAAGUAGAGGUCGGAUGAUGCAUUUUUAAGGGAGGCUCAUUAUAGGCUCAUAUGUAGUAUUACAUUUUAAUCAAUAAGAUAAAUUAUAAAGCUGAAGGUGGCAUUGGUUUACAGCUGUGAAAUGAAUCACGUUUAACGCAAUGUACGGAAGAAGAACUACAUACGCUUUGAUUUUUGUGGGUUUCAAAAUUUUAAUGUAAUUAUGAAAUAAUUAAGUAGACAUAUGCAUCAUCUAAGGUGAGAAGAGGCCUAAAGUUUGGGAUAUGAGAAUGCUAGAUUAAUAGUUAAGAAAAUGUCUGCUGCAAUGCAACAUUUUCGUGUCUUUACAUUCAUGCAUGUGUACUAUAUUUAGGGCAUCAAAACUAUAUUUUAACAUUUCUUAGUGUACAUUAUGUAAGUCUAACAUUAUGUUACAUUGGAAAAUAUCAACUAUUCAGAAGAGGUUUCAGCUUUCUUUGAUUCGUUUGCUUUGUGUAGAAUGCAUAUUAAUAUUAAUUACAUAUAGUAACUAUCCAUAGAUAUUAUAUAAGGGAUAAAACAAAAUCAAAUGAAGCAUGAAUAAAUGCCUAUUAGUUUACAUCUUAGUUUAAUAGAAUAAUUUGUCCCAAGAGAUUUAAUAUAUUUAUACAUAAUGUAUCUCAUUAUCGAAGCGUCCUACUAAAUCUAAUAAUAUUUUUUUUUAAAUAUACUAGGCAUUUGGCCUGCACAUGCGGACAUAAAUCAUCUUGUGAAUAUUUAUUAAUAUAUGUUAUUAAUUUAGUGAUUACUAUGUAAGUUAUUGCUUAUAUUAUCAAAAUUUUAUAUUGAAAAUAUGUAAAGCAUAGUUUUAAUCAAAAAAAAUAUAUAUGCUUGUUAUUGCUUUCAUUUCAUUUUUGCAACCACUCAUGUAUUAUAAAUAUUUUGUAAAAUCUCUUUAUACAAUAAAUUCAUUAUAUUUUUUUUUGCUUGAUUAGUAUUUAAUUAUGCAUCAUUAUAUUUUUUAGUUUAAAUUUUUAUAAUUGAAAAUGUUUUUUUUGGAUAACAACACUUAUCUUAUUUGUUUUUAGCCAAAAUUUAUAUUAUAUUAACUUAUAUUCAGUUGUCUAAUCUAAUAUAUAAAUUAAAAAAAUUUAAUAUGAGUUUGUGGCUAAUUAUAGUACAUAUUAUAUAUAACUAUUCAUUAUAUAUAUUAGCAUAAUUAUCCGUACAUAUUGGUCACCAAAAUUACCUCUUAUAAAACCAAACAAAUAACAUGUAAAUGAAGUUGGACCAUAAUGUGAUGUGUGCUCGUAAUUUCACUUUUUACGUUUAUAGAAUCCAAAGUAUUAUUGUUGUUAAGUUGAGAUACUAAUUUUAAAGACUAGGGAGAUAGUAAUUUAUACUAUAACAAAUACACUAGUUUUACAGUAUAAAGUUUAUAUAUAUAAUUACUGAAUAAAAUGAGAUUGUCGAGAUAAUGACUCAUUAAUUUGUUAGAAAUAUAUUUUUUAAUUAGAUAAUGAAUUAUAACUGAAUAAUAUGAGAUUGUCAAGAUAAUGAAUCAUUGAGUUGUUAGAAUUAUAUUGUUUAAUAAUAAAAUGAAUAAUAGAUUAUAUAACUAUUCAUUAAAGAUAAUGUAUAUAUAUAUAUAUAUAUAUAUAUAUAUAUAUAUAUUAAUUGUUUUAACUUUAAACGUGAGAGUUUGAAUGCGAAAAAUCACUUCGAAAGUAAUAUUAUAGAUUUCAUAUUGGACAAAUAAAUAAUAUAUUUAAAAUUCAAGUAUAUAAACAAACCAUAAAUAAGUUCUCAAUUAUUUCAAUUAAUACUUAUCUAAUUACCUUAUAGUAUCAAUUCUAGUUAAUAUUUAAACUCAUGUGACAAUUUCUUCUAACACAUGAUAAUAUUAUAUUCUGUUAUCUAAUAUCAAUAUUAUAUUUCAUAAGUCAUGAAACCAGCGAAAGUAAUAUCAUGAAAGUCAUCAUCAAGUCAACUACCACCGUGCAUUAUGGACGAAUGUGCAAUAUUCAAAACGUCGGACUACUCAAACUUAUACAGCUCAAUUAAUUCGAAUAUAGUUUCCUAUAUAUAUAAAGUAACACAAAAGUUAAUCUGAGUAUUAGUCAAAAAGGAGAAAUUAUCUCUCGGCUUAAGUGGAACCCGUAUAUCUGAAUUAUAAUGAAUAAUAUUACAUAUACACGUCGAAGAUGUAAAAUGUAAAAAUGUGCUCACCUUCCAAUAAAAUUAUGUCUUUACCAAAUACAAUGUAAUAAAUUCAAAACUUUGACUAUUUGGCCUCUUUUCAUGGCACCGCACCACUCCACCCCCCAUUCUUCCUUGAAGUAAAGUAAAAUUUCUACCUUUUUUUACUAAGAAAUGUCUGAGCCUUCAGUCCAAAUGAUCUCUUAGGUUCGAGACCAGCCGUUGGUAAUAUACUUUGAUAUAACGUAAAUCAUCUUUCCUAACAGAAAUCGAACUAAGGCACCAUAGCAUCAAGUCUAAGCAUUAAAUCAUUAGUUCAAACUUCAAUGCACCAAUGGUAAUUUUCUUUUCCUCAUUUUCACAUUUUGUUUCACAAAUCGUAUGCACAAACCUCACACACCUCACACGUAUACGCCAAUUUUGUUUCUUUUAUCAUAAAAAUGAUUUGAAGAUUUUACAAUGCAAAUCUUAAAUUCUGAGCCGAGGUUAAUCUUCGUUUCACCUUAUUUUUAUUUCUUUUUGCCGCGGUAUAAACCAAAUAUUACUCCAUAUCAUAUCUUAUAAAUUGAAUAUAUAACUAUACUUUACUCUCUUAGAAACUCGACACAUGCUGUAUAUCAUUUCUUGGAGACUAAGAAAAUACAACCUUCAAGUUAAAUCAUAAAUCUCAUAUCUUUUUUUUCUCACAAUUUCUCUUAAUUAUACACUCUCUCUCCCCUUCUGUCUCUGUCUCUGUCUCCAUGAGCUCUCUUGCUUCUUCAUCAUAUAUUUCAUCUACAAGACAAUGAAGAAACACCCUAAACCGUGUAGUUUCCUUUUCCACAUCUCUAUACUCUCUGUGCUAUUCGUCUUUCUUCUUGUUUCUUGUGCAUAUACGACCUCGUACAAGCGUAAAGCCGGCACUGGUCUCGGCCAAAAGAGAAUUCUAGCAAGUAAUUUUGAUUUUACUCCAUUUUUCAAGAAGACAGAUCGUACUCAACGUCUGCGUAGAAGCUCGGCCGAAAAGAAAACUAAUUCUUGGUAUAAUGAUGAGGACCGGAUCGUACCUAGCGGUCCAAACCCUCUGCAUCACUAGCUAAAAAGGGUUUUAAGUUUGAUUUGUUUCAAUAGAUUUUGUUGUUUUUUUUUGAAUAAUAUGCCUACAUGACCGUGGAUAAUGAAUCUAUGUUGUGAAGUGCAUUAGAUUGAUGUAACCAUUAUAUUUGUGCAUGUUUCUUCGUUUUCAGAAUGGGGCUCGUUAUCCUCUAUCAAUAGAUUUAGUUUUUUUUUUUUGCAAACUAGUUAAAGAUCUCUCUGCUAUCCUACUACUGUUUCUUAAGAUAUCUACUGAAUGUAAGCAAUUUAUAUUUUUCUUUUUGUUAUAAUCUGAAAUUUAUUGGUGGUGAUAAAAUAAUACUUUUGUACUUUUCCUAUUUUUUUUAUUUUAUUGUGAAAUUGAAACUAGUUUCUUUACAAAAGAAACUACUUUCUGAUAGUAAAGUUCUAUGAUAUUAAUAGGUGAGAAAAUAUUAUCGUACUAUAUUUGAUAAAAAAAAAUAAUAUUAUCGUCCUAAAUAAAAUGAGAUCUGUGAUAUAGCUCAAUAUAAGUUAUUUAAUGUUUUUGUUUGGAACUUGUUUUCUUUAAGAUGUUUAGAAUGGCAUCUAGUUGGUAUUGACAUUUAAUUUGUAAAGAAAACAAUGCCACAUUUGUAAAUCAUGGAUCUAAGUAAUCGAUCUUUCCAUUUUUUUGAACAAAGUAAUCGAUCUUUCCAAAUGUCAACAAAAAGGUUGUGUUUGUUCACUAGCCAUUCAAUUAAAUAUAGCGCCACGAAUAAAGGCAGUGCAUGUCCUGUUUGUAUGGUAUGCGGUUCGAUUGGAUAGCCGCUUCAAGAAUCAGAUAUGUCUUAAAUUUUUACCCUCAAAAAAAAUUUAUAUCUUAACUCCAAAUAGUAUCAUCAUGGAGUCGUCGGAAGACUAGAAACGGGAUUCUUGCAUCUGUUAAAACUUUCUAAUGGCCCGGUGCAAGAAUUUUUUUUCCAGUAAUUGUUAAAAAAAUAUGGGCAUUUUUUUUUCCUGAAAUUAGGACCUUAAAAUCACCUAAUUUUUGUUGAAAAAACUGUUGGACCCUGUGCUUUUGCUCCACCAGUAUUACCCUAGAACCGGACCUGGAUUACACAGGCCAAAGCGCGCAUUUUCAAACGCAAAAUAAAGUAGGAAAAUAUGCAAAAGAGUAAAUCAUAUCCAAAUAGGCUUGAAGCCCAUAUGAAAAUGAAUAAAAAUAGAAAAGGAUGUAAAUUAAGGGAUUUUAACUGUCGUUUGGAGUUUCAAAGACAAAAGUUUCUAUCGAAUCACACUAUCUAAACUUAUAUAUGGUGGUUAAAAAUAGAAAAUGAUGCAAAAUAAGAGUUCAUAUUAAAAUGGGUUUGAAUCCCAAAGAAAAUGAAUAAAAAUAAAAAGAAUAUAAAAAAUACAAAAAAUAAGAUUUGAAACCCGUUUAGGAUGGCAAAUAUAUAAAUUUUUAUCCAAUCACACUAUCCAAACUUACAUGCUGACUUACACUAAAGAUUUUUAUAUUUGUGAGGGUGUCAACAGACACCCCUACUUGUUAUGUGGAUGUGUCUCUGAGUGCGUAGAACAAAAAUCACACAUCUUCAAUGUAACUUUGAGUGUGGAAUUUUCUUAGAUAAGGAGCAAAGGCUCGAUUGAUUUCGAAGAUUUGAUGGCCCUCUAUGAGAUUUUCAAUAGAGCUAAAAUUAUUUCCUCACCAUCAAUAUUUUCAUAGUAAAGAUUUACAGAUAAUAAAAUUUAAACUUAUAAUUAUGAUUAUGUACGUUUAUGUAAAUAAAAAUGAUUCUAUUCAAUGCCCACAUAUCAAUAUAUAAUGCCUAAGUUCUUAUCUAGUUAAUUUAUUAAGCUUAAAUCCACAUAUUUUGAUAUUUUGGUUGUUCUGUAAUUAAUUGCUUAAUAUCAGUUAUGCUUUCUUAAUCAACAUUCCAAAAUAAUAAUGAAAAACAAGUUUAUAUUAUUUUAGUUUUAAAACAUCAAAAUAAAAUAUAAUAUAAACUUAAUGAAUCCAGUGAUGUCUUUGCUCCUCUUAGUUGUUUCAAUUUUUUUAUCAUGACAAUGAACCACUUGGGGUGAGAAAUUUUGUUUGGACUUAGGUUAAAGAUGAUUGGUCAAAAAUAAAUUAAUUUUUAAAUUUAAUAAAUAUUAUUUUCAAUUAAAUAUAUCUAGUAAAAAUGGACUAUAACUACAGUCACAAAAACUAACUACUAAUUUUGUAUAUUUAACGAAAGUUUGGGGCUAAAAUACAUAUCUAAUUUCUCUUUGUCGAGAGGUUAACCUUUGAUCAAUCUCUCUUGUUUAAAAAAUUAAGUAUUUUUUGUACUCUGAAAAGAUCGCUAAAACACAAUUAGACUACCUAAAUCUUAUAAGGUUAAAGGCCUUGGUUCUUUUUUGGUUAAUUGUAAUUAUAUAUUUUUGCCAAUCAAAGAAUUCGAUGCAAUUUAUUUCUCCCUCCAUUUCAUUGUAAUGGUCAUUUUAGAUUUAUGCAUACAUAUUAAGAAAAUAUUUAGUUUUGUAUAUUUUCUAUAUGCAUAACCAUAUUUCAACCAAUAAAAAAACAGGAGAAUGUUAUUAAAAAUUUUGCAUUUAAAUUCUAAAAUAAUACUUAUUUUGAAACGAAAAUUUUAUUUUGCAACGAAAAUUUUACUUUACAACGAAAAUUAAACUGAAACGGAGGGAAUAACAAAAGUUCGGUCUAAAAUAAUCACUACUAUUCAUAAUUAACAAAUGAAAUAAAACUAGAGAUACAACUAAUUGUAGGGUUUCUUUUUCAAUUCAUUAACAUUAGAGAACCGAGUAACUAUUAUGUUUACUAGAUCCUUUCUCCGCGCUACGCGCGGAUAAUAUAUUUAAAUUUUUUACAUUUAUCAUUUUUAUUUGUAUGUGAAUUUUUCUAUAUUAAAUUAUAUAUAACUAAUUUUUAAAUUUAAUUUUCUUAUAUUUUUAGUUUGAAGUAAAUAUUUCUAUUAUAUGUAACACAAUUAACUAAUAAAAUAUGAAGAAUCAAGUCCGAAAUUUUAGAGUUAUGUAAAAAAUAUAUAAUUAUGUAUAGAACACAAAUUAUCUUAGUUUAAAAAAUCAGAAUCUCAUCUCAAAUAAAUUUACGAAAAGAAAAAGUACUCCAAUAACCUACUUAAAAUAUAAAACCUCUUUUUCAAAA